AUAUGUGUCUAUGUGCUUCUGUAUGUCAGUAACUCCGAGGAAGACAGUGGUUGUUCGGCGCACUCCUCCAUGUCCUCAUUCUGCACCAUGUUUGCGCUGCGCCCGCUGUUCCGUUCUGCGCACAUCAAAUAUGCCGCUGCUGCUCAGUUUCAUGCAACUUCAAACUGCAGUGGCGCAAAAGUCGCUGUUGUGUUGUCAGGAUGUGGUGUCUAUGAUGGCACUGAAAUCCAUGAGGCAUCAGCAAUCCUUGUGCAUCUAAGUCGGGGAGGUGCAGAGGUUCAGAUGUUUGCUCCCGAUGUGUCUCAGAUGCAUGUGAUAGACCAUGGCAAAGGUCAACCUGUGGAGAAAGAGUCGAGGAACGUCUUAUCAGAAUCAGCACGUAUCGCUAGGGGCAGUGUCACUGACCUGGCAAAACUGAAUGUCGGCGAUCAUGAUGCAGUCAUCUUUCCUGGUGGUUUUGGUGCAGCUAAAAACCUGUCAACAUUUGCCAGUGAUGGGAAGGACUGUAAAGUGAAUAAGGAAGUGGAGCGAGUUUUAAAGGGGUUCCAUAAAGCAGGAAAGCCAAUAGGGUUGUGCUGUAUUUCUCCAGUGCUGGCAGCGAAAGUUCUUCCUGGUGUGGAUGUGACGGUGGGCCAUGAGGAGGAGGAAGGUGGGAAGUGGCCAUAUGCUGGUACUACACAAGCCAUCACUGCACUGGGAGCCAAACACACUGUCAAAGAAGUCACCGAGGCCCAUGUGGACAAGAAGAACAAGGUGGUGACCACACCUGCAUUCAUGUGUGAAACAAAAUUGCACUUGAUUUUUGAUGGGAUUGGUGCGAUGGUGAAAGAUGUCCUAAAGCUCAGCGGGAAGUGAUAAUUCAACCAAUAUAUCAGGAUUUUCAUGUUCACUGCAUAGAGCUUGUCAGUCAUAUCGGAUCUGUAUCAGACUGCUUAAAUGAAAGAGAGUAGGCUAUUUCUUACCUGAUUUGCAAAACAAGUGUGUGAAAGAUAUGACAGACAUUACUAAUCAAAGAUAUAUCUGCCUGACAGUGUUAAAUGGUAUUUUGAUGAAUAUCCAGCAGAGGGCACUCCCUGUAUUUAAAAAAUAUAAUGUGAAUUUUAUGUAGCUCAGUGAUUUCUUUACAUUUUGCAUUUAAUGGAAAACUCAUCAGUUGUUCAAAAAAAUGAAUUGAGAUUUCAGAGUAUCGAAUUAAUACAAUGCACCAGUUUGACAAC